AUGGAGGUCAAUGGCGACCGCGAGCUGGUCGAUAGGCUGCUGGCAGCGGUGCCCUUUUUGAGCAAGAUGUUGGCCGGCCAGGUUCCUCCUGUGGUGCUCCUGUUGGAGGAGUUCGGGCAAGGCUCCGCAGGCGACGCAGUUGCGUGCCCGUCGAAGGUGUGGCCUUUGGCGGUGGAGUCCGCCAGCGCUGCUGCCGCCAUGGUGGCGCUGGAGGCCCAGGUGGCUGGAGGAGAGGCGGAGGCGAUUUCCCCGACAUCCUGCUUGGAGCAGGAGGCCCAGGUGGUAGGUGGAGUGGCCCUCGGCGAGAUGAUGGACCCUGGGGAAUCCGUCGGCAUGUCGCAGUCCGUGCAGCAGGACAGCAACCACCUGAUCGAGAAGGCGCCCGUCGAGGUCGUCGGCGCUGGCCCGCACGUGCACCCGUGCGCCCUGGUCGUGGCGAACUCGUGCAUGGAGGAGGCUUCGGCUUGGCUGGGCGGCUGGUGGCCGCUGCUGGGGGACGAUCCCUAUGGAGAAACGUACUGCUACCUCGAAGCCCUGUAUGUGGACGACCUGGAUAGGAACUGGGAGGUCAUGGUUGCCGAGAUCAACGCGAGAAUCAGGCCCAUGCCCACCAGCUACACCACCAGGAGCAGGGACUUCGGGGCUCUCGUGCAGCACCCGCCUUCAUGCGCCACGGUUCUCAAGCCGACGGCGACGGUCAAGGAGCAGGGCCGGAAUCCGUUGGCAGCUGCAGCUGGCGUCCAGAACCUGCCCUCCAUCCGCGCACUUGGUGCCGAGGAGCUGCCAGUGCCCGUGGGCGAGGCGCGGGAGCCUGGCGCAAGGCCCGCGGACGCCGCAGGCACCCCCGCCGCCGCGCAGCAGAGCCCACCUGCCGAAACGGCGGCCGACGCCGAGGCAGCGCCGGUGCCGCCGCCGGACUCUCCGCUGGAGGCCUCGGCGCCCCGGCCGCCCUGGCGCCAGCCCGAGCCCGCGCCCCGGGGGGAGGGCGAGCAGAGGAUGCCCGAUGAGCCGCCGGCGCUAGCCGGAGAGGUGGACGCGGCGAGCUCGAUCUCGCCAGACGGAGUGGAGGAGGGCGCGGACACCGACGACCCCGACACUGUCCCGGACAAGGAGGCCGUGGAGGAGCCCGCCGCGAUCGCGCUGGGCGCUGGCGGGGCCGCGGAGGAGCCCGCCGCCCCGGAGGAGGGCGGCGGCGCGGCGCCGCAGGGCGCGCAGGAGGAGGCGCCCUUGUCGGACUUGUCGGAAUUGUCGGAGAUGGAGGUGGACCAGGCGGAGUUGUCGCCAGCAGCUCAGGCGGAGGAGGGCGACUGCGCCGCGCAGGCGGAGGAGGGCCUCGGCGCCGCGCAGGCUGACGCCAAGCUGGACCAAGGCAGGACGCUGCCCGAGGAGCAGGCCUCCGCCUGGCCGCUCGCGCCGGACGGGGAGCUCCGGCCCGCGCCCGGGCCCGCGCCCGAGCGGGGCUCGUCGCCGGCCGCGCAGGAGUCGGGCGGAGCGGGCAGGGCCGAGGGCUGGAGUAACUACGACUACGGCGGAGGCGCCCAGUGGCCUGCUGGCCAAGGAUACGGCGCGGCUGGCAGGAGCGACUGCUGGAAGUGCGUUGCAUGCGGGUGCGGCAAGACCACAGUAUGGGCGUCGCACUGCAAGCACUGCGGAACGGCGCAGGGCACGGGCAGCAGCGGCCGCGGGCAGGACGCCCCGCUGGACGCAAAGGAGCUCCAGAUGCUGGUCGCCCUGGCACGCCGCGCAGGUGACCAGGCUACCGCGGCCAGGUACCAAGGCCAGCUGGACUCCAUGGCGGCAGCCUCGAAGCCUCCGCCCAAGGCCCUGCAGGACCAGGUCAGCGACCUGCACCACCGCAUCAAGAAGCUCGACGGCAGGCUGGAGGCUGAGCUGGCGAAGCUUGCGAGGUGGCAGGACGGCAUCAAGGCGCAGGAGGUUCUCAUCCAUGAUUUCUCGAAGCAGCCCGAGGCCAUGGUCACAGAACAUCGGCAACUGGUUGCACAGCUUCACAGUGCAGUUGUUCCUCCCUCGGCUGCUGACGCAGAGGUCACGCCUGGACCCACUUUGUCACUCCGCGACCUCGUGGACGGGCGGGUCUCCAACAUCGUCAUCGACGACGGAGGCCUCUUCUCUGUCGACGCUGAGGGCAUGGAGGCUUCGGAUCUUCAAGAGGUGGAGCGACGUCGGGCCGACUUCAAGGAGCACAUCGGCAAGGCAGCCAAGGCCCUGUUCGCCGAAGCUAUGGAGCGAGCUGCUGUCGCCAAGGCCGAGCACGACGGGUACCUCAAGCGCAUGGCCACCAAGCGCAGGAAGGGGUGCGACGGGGCCGUGUCGGCUGGGGGCGGAUCAGCCGAGUUCGCGAGCAUGCAGCACGAGUUGCGGGGCGUGUUCAGCAGCAGCAGGCCAGACGUGAUUGGGCGGACUGGCUCACCGAGAAUGUCGAUCAAGGCGGGCGUAGGGCGCAUGGCUACACCAAAGAUCCUCAAGGCUCACGAGAGCAGCGGCCCUCGGCGGGGCGCGCCGCCCGACAAGGCCACUGCGAGCCAGGACCAGUACAAUCAGGCCCUCCGGACCGCGGUGGAGGUUGGCUCGAGGAAGCGCCGUCGGACGGUCUCCCCUCUCGGCAGGUCGCAGCUGCAUAAUUGCUGCGACCCCGACCUGUUGGUUGACAGCCCCCAGCGCACAUGGCGCAAGGAUACUUUCACGUACGACUACAUCCAUUCACUGCUCCGCUACGACCUUCCCCCCCCGAACGGGAUCGGCAGCCUGCAGAUUCUGGGGAACGUCAACGCGAUCGAUGGCGUCGCAGCCGUCGGCGGCGUCCCAGCCGCCCCGGGCCCCGGCGCGGCCCUCGCCGUCGCCGCCGCCGAGGCCGGCGCCGCUCAGGACGUCUUGCCAGGGCACGCUCAAGAUGUUCAACGUCCGGCGCGGAUUUGGCAAGAUCCUGCCCGACAUGGACACGAUGCCUCCGGACAUCGCCUUGCCCGACGCCGAGGGCGGCCUGUGGUUCUUCACCGCGCCCGCGCUGCCGCCGGACGCGGAACAAGGCAGCACGGUGGGGUUCCGCCUGCGCUGGGACCAGGGCGGCAAGCUCCAGGCCGAGGACGUGGAGCUGCUGCACGCCGCCGCCCCGGCCAGAGGGCGGAGCGCGCAGGCCGCGGAGGCGGCGCCCCGGCGGUCGCCGCCCGGCGGCGUGCUGGUCACGUCGGUGCCCGAGUCGUGGAGCGCCGAGGACGUCGGCGCCGCGCUGCUGACGUUUGGGCGCCUGAGGGCGAUCUGCCUGCUGCCGCGCUACGGCGGCGCCUGCGCCGUGUUCUCCGCCGCCGCGAGCGCCGCGGUCGCCGCCCGGCGGCCCAGGCUCGCGGCGUGCGCGCCGGGCAGGCCGAAGGCGGAGCUGGUCGUGGAGCGCCUGAACCUGGCGGCGCGGGACGUCCAAGCGGCUGCGCAGCAGGCCCUCGACGCGGCCGGCAGCGAGGCCGUGGCCGCCGCGUCGCGCGCCAACGCCGCCGGCCCGGCGCCCGAGGGCAGCCGCCCGAAGGAGGGCGGCCGCCCGAAGGCCCCCGCCGAGCCGAAGCCGGAGGAGCCGCGCACCCGCCGGCGCUUCUCGGAGGACAGCCCGCGGCCCGCGCCCGCCGCGGCGCCCCCGAGGCCGAAGCCAGGCCGGCCGUACCGCUACGACGCGCCCCUGCCGGAGGAGUUGCCGGCACCGGCGCCAAAGGCGGCGCAGCCAGCUGCCGCUCCAUUGGAG